CAGAUUCCUGACAACGAACUGUGGAGUAGUAUACCACCGUAAAGACCAAAGAAAACUUGUGAUUGUGAUCAAUUUACGUGUAUAGUGAUAUAUUAAUCUCGUUCAUCUGUUAAGUAAGAAUGUCCCCGUAAAUGAAAGAUGAAUAUUGGAGAAGGUCUACGUAUUGCCGCACUGGCAAAGCAGGGUUCGGCUGGUGUCUACCUGUUAGGAAAUCCUGACCCAGUAAAGAAGAAAAAGUUCAGUUACAAAAAGAAAGCUCAAAAGUAUCCACUGAGAAGACCAGGAACACAACUUCAAAAAGCAGCAACACAGGACGAAAACAAUGAGAAUGAAUCGCAAGUGAAGAAAAAACCCUCAGUAGAUUUCAUCAAGAGAAAUACUGUUGCCGUUAAAAAUACUGGUGGUCCUGGAAAACAGAAGUCUAGAACAAAAUUGGAUAAUGGUAAAAAAAAAGGAGAUAGCGAUAUGGUAACAAUGACACAGAAACAGUUGAAUGCUUUGUUGGCUGCUAUUGGUACAAAUAUUGCAGUUGAGAGUGGAGAGGUUAAACUGACUGCAGAAAAGGAAAAAUCCAUCGUUUCAGAGAAAUCUUCCGAAGCAUUGAAGCAGAAGGAAGAAGUUUCCCUUGAAGAGAAUUUACUUAACAGGGAAGAAGUGAAGGUGAAAUCGCCAAUGAGGGAACAGGCAGAAACAGAAGAUGUUCCGAGAAGCCAGAAUGAGAAAGCGACGCGUCAGAUUGCAGGCGAGAAUGAUUACGCAACAGGUAUGGGUAAUAUCGGCAGCAUAAUAGGAACAACAGGGUACAAUGAUAGAAGUUUAGCUGAGAUGAAACGACUUCAGUGGAAGCAGGAAUUAGAUGAUCAGGUGGCUUUAAAGAAGAAACAUGAAGGUGAGAAGAGAAAUUUGAGGAAGUCACAAGAUGCAGAAUUACAGAGGUCUAUGAAUGAGUGGUUUCCAUUUGGACGGUCCGGUGGUGGUGCUCCCAAUGAGGUCCACUCAGUGGUUGCACCUGAAAAUCAGCACAAUCAAUCCAGACAAACUAGAGCACCUGCUGCAUAUCAAAGUCUGUCGCCCCCUAGAGCUCAGUACACUCAGGAGCCAGCGGUGCCAGCCGCCAUGAGAAGUUCCUUUGUACUCGGUGAGAUCUCACCCAGAGAGCAUCAACACAGCGCUGUGAAAAGAGAAGAAAAGCAACAAUGGCUGCAAGAAUUAGAAAAACAAAGGCAAGAAAUGAGAGAAAGAAAGGAACGAGAAAAACGAGAAGCGAUGCAAACUUACCAGGACACAUGGGCAGAUCAGUUUGACACAUUCCGUGGUCAGCCGCAAAAUCCAAGAUAUCAGACUGUUGGAACAAGACCAAAGCAAAUUGUUGAUGAUGCAGCUGUUACGACAACGACGUUUAAAAGUUCAGAACCUAGUUUGCAUGGAGACGCUGAAUCCAAGUCUAAAAGCGCUCCACAAACAGCAGACCCAAUGUCUAUGAGAAGUGAUUUUUCUCCCGCUAAUCCUAAUAAUGCUAAAAGUGAAGCGUAUGUAUAUUUUUAA